AUGCCGUUAGUGAUGCACCAGAUGUUCCGUCCGGGUAUUUCUCCCAACCACGUCUCGGGGUCCCAGAAACGACGAAUACAGAUAAGGCACCGAACCAUCACCAACUUGACACCGAAAACCGUCGACCAUGAUACCAUCAACCUCGUGUCUGCCCCUCCCGCCCCUUCCCUUCGCCACCCAUUUCCCCUGAACCUUCGCAUUCGGCGGGUUCGUCCGCUUCGAUCCCCGCCCUCCGAGUCAAUCACCCCGGCGAAAACCUCGCCCUUUAGCGAUAUUGCAACUGCGCCGUCGGGUCAACCAAUGUCGCUUCAGCAAGCUCCUCUGUCCAUCCCAGCUGACCGGAUGACGGAAUUUGGCGAUGACUUCAAGACAGGCCUCAUGAGCUACGUCUAA